GGUGUGUGUAAGUGUCACCACUGACAACUCUCGUUUUCGCCGGUUCCACUAGGAGUUCCACUGCGUCUGCUCGCUGUGCCAACAAGAUAAGACCUACAACACAAGUGCGAUAAAUUUCGCGCAGUCGCGUCUUGUGUGCGAGAGGCCGACAACAAUCAGCUGUGAGCCAGUCGCGGGGUUCUAAAAAUGUUCGCUCUCAUUCCCCGGUGCCUACUAUCGACACGAGCCGUCAGUCUACCAGGCCAAAAAGCGACGUUACAGGAAGCCACAAAAUGGUUAAAAAAUAGCGAGUCCACCAGAAAAGAAUACCACUGUGUGGCGGGCGAUACACUCAACUAUGGAUCCACCAUGGGCAUCGAUCAUCUGCGUGAUCCUCGGUUAAAUAAGGGCUUGGCCUUCACGCUGGAAGAACGUCAAGCUCUUGGCAUUCAUGGCCUUCAACCCGCUCGAAUUAAGACCCAGGAAGAACAGUUAGAGUUAUGCAGGAUAUCAGUGAUGCGGUAUCAAGAAAAUCUAAACAAAUAUCUGUACAUGACCGAACUGCACGAUCGCAACGAAAAAUUAUUUUUCCGGUUGUUAUCUGAAAAUAUCGAGAUGUUGAUGCCGAUUGUUUAUACGCCUACCGUAGGCUUGGCUUGUCAACGGUUUGGGCUCAUCUAUCGACGACCCAGGGGGCUAUUUAUCACGAUUAAUGACAGGGGACAUAUUUACGACGUAAUGAAAAACUGGCCAGAACCCGACGUACGUGCCAUCUGUGUUACCGAUGGAGAGCGCAUUCUCGGUCUGGGUGACUUGGGAGCAGCGGGUAUGGGCAUCCCUGUGGGAAAACUCGCUCUAUACACAGCUCUAGCCGGUAUCAAACCCCACCAGUGUCUUCCCAUCACUUUAGAUGUUGGAACUAACAAUCAAAGCUUUUUGGAAGACCCUCUCUAUGUAGGUUUGAGGCAGAAACGACUUGCCGGUGCCGAGUACGAUUCUUUCGUGGACGAAUUCAUGGAAGCGUCGGUGAGACGCUACGGACAAAAUGUUCUCAUUCAAUUUGAAGACUUUGGUAACCACAAUGCCUUCCGAUAUUUGGAUAAAUAUCGCGGAAAGUACUGCACAUUUAACGACGACAUACAGGGAACCGCUGGCGUUGUAGUAUCGGGAUUGUUGGCCGCUAAGAGGGUUACUGGGAAGAAAAUUUCCGAAAAUAAGUUUCUCUUUCUGGGAGCGGGCGAAGCGUCUAUCGGUAUCGCAGAUUUGUGCGUAAAGGCAAUGGAACUGGAAGGGUUAUCACAGGAAGAAGCGAGAAACAAGAUUUGGAUGGUGGACAUCGAUGGUCUCUUGGCUAAAGGGCGACCAGAAGGGAAACUAGAAGGUCACAAGGCGUACUACGCCAAGGAUCAUAAACCAGUGAAAGAUUUUCCGUCGGUGGUCAAGGAGGUGAAGCCGUCGGUUUUAAUUGGUGCGUCCGCGGUGGCUGGUGCUUUCACUCCAGGCAUUUUGAAGGACAUGGCAUCGUUCAAUGACAAGCCAAUCAUUUUCGCACUCAGUAAUCCAACUGAUAAGGCUGAAUGUACAGCAGAACAAGCUUAUACUAAUACUGAUGGUCGGUGUAUUUUUGCCAGUGGUUCUCCAUUUGGACCUGUCAACUACAAAGGGCACACGUUCUACCCAGGACAAGGAAAUAAUGCCUACAUUUUCCCUGGAAUUGCAUUGGGAGUUAUAGUAGCUAGAAUUCAUCACAUCUCAGAAGAAUUGUUCCUGUUAGGAGCUCAAGCGGUAGCUGACCUUGUUGAAGAUGCAGAUAUUCAGAAGGGUAGCUUAUAUCCACCACUCAGUAAAAUAAGAGAGUGUUCAAUAGAAAUUGCUACCAAAAUCUUGACUUAUUCUUAUGAAAAGAGAAUUGCAACUGUGUAUCCUGAGCCAAAAGAUAAGAAAAAGUUUGUUUUGCAGCAUCAGUAUAACUAUCAUUAUGAACAAGCACUACCACCUCAGUGGUCAUGGCCUAAAGCACCAGAAAUAAAAACAAGACCUAUGGAACCAACAAAAUUGGCAGUUUAAGAGGGACUUCAGUAAUUAAACUGCAGUGAUAAGUAUGCUAAAAUAACUUUUUUUCCAGUGGUAUUUUUUAAAUUUGGACGUAUUUUAAUCUCAUAGAUUGUAAUAAUUUAUUAUGUGUUCUUUGGUUUUUGAAAAGGCAAUUCUAUUCAGAAAAGUGUAUUGAGAAAAUUCACCGUAACAUCCAUUCUCAGGUUUGCAAAAAGUUCUAUGUAUAAACCGUGCCAUAUAUUAAAUUUUACAAAUUAUUUUGUACUUAAUUUUCUUUAGUAUUUUAUUUAAUGUAUAAUUUUAAUACCAAUUACAACGUUUUGUGUUUCGGUAGCCAUCGGUAUGUAUAAUUCGAAAGUUUGAAGUACAUCGCUUGAAACAUUAAGCAAUAUGUUCUUGAUUUUUAAACAACAGUAUUGUUUUCUGGUCAUUAUAAAGUAGAAGUGUUAGGUUAAGACCACACUGUAAUAAAAUUGAAUAAAUGUUAUUGUACUGUUUAA